GGUCCCGGGGCCGGGCCGGGCGGGCUCUCGGCGCCGUCGCUCAGCGCCGCUCUCCCGUUCCCCGCAGAGUCCUUCGGCCAGAACUACCCCGAGGAGGCCGAUGGCACUCUGGACUGCAUCAGCAUGGCGCUGACGUGCACCUUCAACCGCUGGGGCACGCUGCUGGCCGUGGGCUGCAACGACGGCCGCAUCGUCAUCUGGGACUUCCUGACGCGCGGCAUCGCCAAGAUCAUCAGCGCCCACAUCCACCCGGUGUGCUCCCUCUGCUGGAGCCGGGACGGGCACAAGCUGGUCAGCGCCUCCACGGAUAACAUCGUGUCCCAGUGGGAUGUGCUGUCCGGGGACUGCGACCAGCGCUUCCGCUUCCCCUCGCCCAUCCUCAAGGUCCAGUACCACCCCCGGGACCAGAACAGGGUGCUGGUGUGUCCCAUGAAGUCUGCCCCGGUGAUGCUCACCCUGUCCGACUCCAAGCACGUGGUGCUGCCCGUGGACGACGACUCCGACCUCAACGUGGUGGCCUCGUUUGACCGCCGUGGGGAAUACAUCUACACCGGCAACGCCAAGGGCAAGAUCUUGGUCUUAAAAACAGACACUCAGGAUCUUGUUGCUUCCUUCAGAGUGACCACAGGGACCAGCAACACCACGGCCAUUAAAUCCAUCGAGUUCGCCCGCAAAGGGAGCUGCUUCCUGAUCAACACGGCCGACCGGAUCAUCCGCGUGUACGACGGGCGGGAGAUCCUGACCUGCGGCCGCGACGGCGAGCCCGAGCCCAUGCAGAAACUGCAGGACCUGGUCAACAGGACCCCCUGGAAGAAGUGCUGCUUCUCGGGGGACGGCGAGUACAUCGUGGCGGGCUCGGCGCGGCAGCACGCGCUCUACAUCUGGGAGAAGAGCAUCGGCAACCUGGUGAAGAUCCUGCACGGCACCCGCGGCGAGCUGCUCCUGGACGUGGCAUGGCACCCGGUGCGGCCCAUCAUCGCCUCCAUCUCCAGCGGGGUGGUGUCCAUAUGGGCUCAGAACCAAGUGGAAAACUGGAGCGCUUUUGCCCCUGAUUUCAAGGAGCUGGAUGAAAAUGUGGAAUAUGAGGAGAGGGAAUCAGAAUUUGACAUCGAGGAUGAGGAUAAGAGCGAGCCAGAGCAGACAGGUGCAGAUGCUGCAGAGGAUGAGGAGGUGGACGUGACCAGCGUGGAUCCCAUCGCCGCCUUCUGCAGCAGGGUUCACCUCCCCCCAUUCCCCACCCCCCCAGAGGUGCACCCGCUGCUGGGCGUGAAGGGCGACGGUAAAUCCAAGAAGAAGCAGGCGGGCAGGCCCAAAGGAUCAAAAGGUAAAGACAAAGAUUCUCCAUUUAAACCGAAACUCUACAAAGGGGACAGAGGUGCUUUGCCUCUGGAAGCAGCGGCCAAGGGUAAAGUGCAGGCGGAGCUGGGCCAGCCCCUCCCAGGCGGAGCAAUCUCAGAGCUGCUCUGAAGAAUCCCCUCCCCUCCCUGCCUCCUUUCCUCUCUGGGCUCCCCAGCGUGGCAAGCGCUGCAGUUCCCAGGCAGGACUGGCACAGACUGAAUUCCAAGGAUUCAGGGAGAGAUUUGGGGCAGGAAUGACUGGAAGAGGGAGCAGCUCCACCCUCGGCACGGAUCAGGCUGGCACCGAGCUCCAGCCGGGAUUUUGGGGACAAAUCCCUGUCCCAGAGUGACCUGAGCCCCUUCCCUGCCACUCCAGAGCCUUUUAUCUCCCAAAAGCUCUCAGCAUUCCCGGAUGGAAGAGCAGCCCAGAGUGUGAGUUUGGAUUCCUCACUGUCUCCUGCCAAGUCCCCUUUUCCAGCUGGGAAUUCCCAACUCGCCGAGCCCGGCUUUUCCCAGGACAGAGCUGCUGAUCCCAGCCAGAUUUUCAGGAAUUUCCAGUGGGAUUGAGGAGCUGAGGCCCCUCUGGAAUCUGCCUUGGUUUUGUGUUUGUUUUUCCCGCUCUGCCUGUGGCAGAAGGAGCAGCUUUAGAUGAAAAAAGUCAUUUUCCAAUGUUUUUUUUUUCCCCCCAAAGCUCUGCUGGAGCUCCCUCCUGUCCUUUCCAGUGGUUUUGUUCCUUCUCUUCCCUGGGAAAUUCUCCUCCAGGAAUAUCCAGGCUCCUCCUGGAUAAAUGAAAACCAAUUUUCGUGUCAGAACUGAAGCAGAACUUCUCCAAAGGGUUUCUGUUUUUCCCACUUCUGGGUUAAAACAGAAGCUGGCAGCUCAUUCCCAACUUUUAUUCCUUCAGGAUUUCCUGCAGGAAUGGGAAUGGCACUUUCCCCGUCCAGCACCUCUUACCCACACCAACAUCCUGAUCAAAGGAAAUCUCAUUCCUAAAUCCAUUUUUUCCCCCCAGACUUUGGAGUUUCAUUGCUCUCAUUUUGGAAUUAUUGGGGUUAUCAGGAGCUAUUUAAAUUUCCUGGGUGUCCUGCAGGCAUUAAAAGCAGGAAGGGAGUUGGAAAAUGACGAAUUUGCAGCCAAGAACUGAGCAGGUAUAAAAAUGAGGAGAGAGAAAACAUUUGGAAAUCAGAGGUUUUGAAAUCUUUCAAAACUUGAUGUUUUCAUUCCCAGCUUUGGGGACAUUUAUGACCACGAGUGUAAAAUUCCUUUUUUUUUUUUGGUUCUUUUUGCUUGUGGGGUGACUCUGCCUUGCCAAACCCACCCUGGCUGCUGGGCCUGACCCCCCAAAUUAAAAAUGCCCGGGCCAAGGUUCUGCAGGUGGGGUGAAAGCAUUGAGCCCACCCCAAACUCAGCUUCCCUCUGUACAGUGUAAAUGCCUUUGUUUAUUCCCGUCCUUCUCUCAUUUCCUGCUUUAUUCCCAUCCUUAUUUCCUGGGCUCUUCCCAUCUUUAUUUUAUUUCCUGAUUAUUCCCAUCCUUAUUUUAUUUCCCAAUUUUGUUUUCUUCCUUAUUUUCUGUCCUGGUUAUUCCCGUCUUUAUUUUAUUUCCUGCUUUAUUCCCACCCUUAUUUUAUUGCCUGCUUUGUUCUCAUUUUAUUUCCUGGCUAUUCCCAUCCUUAUUUUAUUUUAUUUUAUUUCCUGCCUUAUUCCCAUCUCUAUUUUAUUUCUCACUUUGUUCCCAUCUUUAUUUUAUUUCCUGCUUUGUUCCU